AAGAACGAACCCUAUAAAAGAAGCUGCCAGCGCCGAGUGGCUACUGCAGUUGUAGCAGGCAGGAGCUGAGUGCGGAAAUAUCACCUUCCGCUGGCUUCGCACCCGGGCGGUUUCCUUCAAGUUCUUCCCCACCAUGACCACCACGACAACUUACACGGGGAUGGACCCCAGUGGCCGAAGUAGCUCCAGGGUCCUUCGUCCCCCAGGUGGUGGUUCUAAUUUCAAUUUAGGAUUUGAUUUGCCAAAAGACCAGCAAGGAGGAAAAAGGAAUAGGAUGGCAUCUUCCAUCUUUGGGACUCCAGAAGAAAAUCCACCAUCUUGGGCUAAGUCAACAGCCAAGUCCACUGAAGUCGAUAAUUCUGAAGCAGUUGGCUCUGAAAGGAGAGGUUCUUCUGAUGCAACCUCUGGUGACUGUGUAACUCCAAAAAGUGUGGAAAGUGAGGCUCCUGAAAACACAGAAGAAACUGCUUCAGGCUUAAGUGAAGAAAAGCCCCUACCAGCUGCGCCUGUUCCAAGCCCAGUAGCUCCAGCACCUGCACCAUCCAGGAGAAAUCCACCAGGGGGGAAGUCUAGUCUAGUGCUCGGUUAAGCUCCAUUUUUCUUCACUCCUUAACACUUGGAACUCGUAUCUGUCAUCUGUUUUUCUUCCAUGCUUGUGAACUGCACAACUUGAGCUUGACUGUACUUCUAAAACUACCAUUAAAGGAGCACUUUAUGUACUUCAUAUUUUUUUGUUUUUUGUUUUUUUCAGCCAAUCUUUCCCCAAACUUCUUGUCUUGUCUCUCUUGAGUCUAACGGAAGUGACAUGUGUAAUUUUUUUUUCGUAAUGGUAGACAGUGGUAUUUGCUACACAGCCUAUGGCUGACAAAAGAUUUCUGAGGUGUAUAGUAGUGUCUGAAACUAAGCUGGAUUAAAUUCUGAGUGUGCUAAGUGGCAUUUUUGUCCUAAAAUGUGUAGAACAGUCUUAAUUGACUUAGAAGGGUUGGAAACUGGGAUUGUACAGGUAGUGGAUGAGUGACAAAUGUAUUCUCUUUCUGUAUACAACUCUGCAACAUAUUUUUCCAAGGCAUCAUUCAAUAAUUGGUAAAUGAUUGAAGCCCUGUUGUGCAUUGAAGAACUAUCAAGUUGUGAUGCGAGAUAUUAACCAUUCUCCCUUGCAUCUUGGUUCAGUCAUAACAGGAUGAGGCUAAAGAUAAACUUAAAUGAUGAGGGGAUACAUCUUACAAAAGUAAGUAUUGGGUGAAUAAAAUUUUGGGGACACAUUCCCUGUCCAAACAACUCCAAUACUAUGCAUGAUCAUGCUGAUGCUUAAACAGAAGGUGGAAAAACUCAGCCUUCUAAAUGUGUAUUGUACCUUGAAAGCUGGAUUGUUGCUUAAAAAUAAAGGAUAUAGAAAUUUUGAA